AUGCUGCAGCUUCUUGCCUUCUUGGAAUCUGAAUCCAGCUUUUUCUCCGCCAUCCAUUCAGCAGUGCAUUUCGAUGCACACGUGCGCCGUGUACUUGCAGGUCUUGCCGCAACGACUGUCAUCAGGUACAUCACUACCUUCAACUCCUUUGCUAAGGCUUGUGAGGACUUGGAUGUGUGUCUUCUUCAGAUUACUGCUGUGCAAGCGGCCGACAUCUUGGUGACUUUGCAGCUUCAAAGGCAGGAAGAUCCGACUGUCGGAUCAUCGGCAAUCACUUGCAUCAAAGCCGUGCGGUGGGUUUGCAAGAACACCCAGUGCAUUGUGUUUGAGGUCUUUUAUGGCGAGCUGAUUUCAUCCUUCUUGAAGACCAAACUGCCGAAGGACCGCAGGGAGAGCUUGCCCCUGCCGCUAUAUGCUCUUGUGCAGUGGGAACGGCGCAUCCUCCAGCGCUCCACCCCAUUGGUGGACGUCGUGCUGCUCGGUGCCUACCUCGUCACAUGUUGGUCGAGUCUUCGAUUUGCAGACAGCCAGCGCAUUGAAUGGAGCUCAUUUGCCUUUGACGUGGUUUCGCUUCGGGCCAUUGCAUACCAGACGAAAACCUCGCAUCAGGGCCAACCCUUCGGCUUCCAUCAGCUCCUUCAGGAUCACGGCAUCAGCCAGGAGCUCACGGAAUCUGAGCUUGCGGGGGUCUUCCCUGAGAUGUUCCCGGACACUGAAGUGUCCUUGAUGCAGCGUGCCAAGCUGCGAGCCGUGUGGUCGUCGCUGCAGCGACGGAGCAAUGCAGUUAAGCGGAACUGGUCCUGGAUCCCGUGGAAGAGUCGCAUGACACAAAAAAUGUAUGAGGAUUCCCUCAUGCAGAAGCCUGCCAAAAGGGCCAGGAUUGAGACCCUUCAGCUUUCGGACCUCUUACUUGACGAACCGCCGCAGAUCGACAUCAAUGACUCCACAAUGGGGAUUUCGAUGAUCCGUAGGCUGUUGGAGGUGCAUGACAAUGCCCUCGCUCUUGCAGGUACCGCGCAUCUCGUGCGCCUUAAGGCGUACACUUCUAAGUUCUUGAGCCUGGUUUCGCAGAAAUUCCCGCCUGAAACCAACCUUCGGCUUCCCUCCGUGCUGGAAGCUCAGCAGGCGGACAAGCAUCUUUGGUCGUGCAUCUUUCAGUUGGUGAUCGAGAAAGAGUGGCAAGUGAACGACGCUAUCUACGAGUUUACAGAGAUCCGCGGUGACAUGUCAUCAUGGCUGCAGCCUCGCGCCAAGGCGGCUUCCGCCAACAAUCGCAGGCCGUACACGCCAGGUGGCCGCGACAACCACCGCCCACCCACCCCGCCGCCAGGUCGUGGCAUUGGCAAAGGUAAGGGGAAGGCCAAGGGCUCCACCAAGCAAGGCACCCAGCCUAAGGGCGUUCAGUGGGUUCGUGAGUUCAAGGAGGGCAGCCAGGUGAAAAGAUUGUGCAUGGGGUGGCAGAUCGGGAAAUGCCAGCGUGGAAAUUCCUGUGAGUUCACGCAUGGCUGCGCUUUCCCCAAGCCCGAUGGCUCACCCUGCCUCAGCAAGGAUCAUGGACGUUCCUCCUUCCUCAUGCACUUCAAGCACUUCAAUUUCGUUGGUGCCGCCCAUCAGCGCUUGUUCGAUUGCAUUUUGUGCUCACUGCGGGAGGCCCCUUGGCCCCAACAGGUUCGCCGUGCCCACAUCAUCUCCGGAGUUACUUCCGCCCUGCCCGAACUUUGCAGGGACCUGAAUGCCCUCUGCAGGUACCUCUUUCCAACGGAGCACUGGAACACUUUGUGUGUUUCGCGCAACGGCCUCAGUGCGCUGCAUUCCGACUCAGCCAACAUUCCGGGCUCACGCAACUUGUCACUUUCACUGGGCGCCUUCUCAGGCGGCCAUCUGUGGAUUGAAGACCUCUCCUGCCUCUCACGAGGCCAGCCGACAUCAAUCGCAUCCGGCUCGGGCUGGCUGCAUGGCUGUGCCAUCGACACGCAUCGCAAAGCCAUCAGCUUCGAUGGCCGCACUAGCGGCGAUUCCCUCACCCUAGACCCCUGCCUUGAUCCCGCCCUUGACAUCCUUUGCCCAGAUCUCUUUGAACAGGUCCUUUUCUUAUGUGGGCCCUUCCUCAUGGCUGCUGUCUGCCAUGCACGAGCAAACAAUGGCGGCAAAGGUUUCCCGCUGCACCUGGGCAGCAGUGCUCUCAUUUUGGUGCCUUCUUUGCUGCAUGCAGGUUCGGCCACUCCGACCCAACCCCAGCUUUGGGCCGCUUCCUACCGCCCUCUGUCUAUCCUGGCAGCCGACUUGUGCGCAACCGCGCUCCCACAAAACGGUCAGGCAUACGCAUCUUCGUUUGCCAGUAUCGCUGCCGCUCUGCUACAUGGGGAAGGCCGCGAGCUCUCCUUGCAGUCAGCCGAGGCUGCCGUUCCACGCAAAAGCCUCUUUACUGGCCCGCACGCCCUCCACGAUGGGGCGGGAAAAUGCUCCAUGGCUGAUUGGAGCAGCCCGGCAUUUGCGGAUAAACUUCAUGGCUUACGGAAGGCAAUGCUGCAAUUCUGCAUCUCCCUUCGUGCCGAUAAGCGCUUGCUUGCCAGAAGCUCAUGCCCAUCGCCGGAGCCGCUCUUCAGCUCCACCGAAGUGUCCGCAGCUAGGGAUCUGCACUGCGGUGAUCCGGACAUUCAUUUGUUCCCGCACUUGAGGAUGGGUGUACCGACGGGACACAUGAACGAUAUCCCUCCUUCAAAUUGCUUCUGGCCUUCGAAAGGCCAAUCCGGGGAGCUGAUUCCGCUUACGCUCAAUCUUGAGAACUGGAAGUCGGCUGAUGUGGCUCCGCGUGUCACAUCGCGCCUGCUCCAGGAGGAGUUGGACGCUGGCUACUGCUUUAAGUUUGAGGGUGCACUUGAGGAAGCGAAAAGUAGAUGGCCCGUGGGCCUUGCACUUGGCAAACUUGGUGUGGUCAGGGCGCCUGGGCGAGCCGAACGGCUCCACUGGUGGGGCCGUGUGGGGGGGUGCACACUGCGCCUGCUGCACAUCCUGCUGUUCCUCGCCCAUGUGGGCCUCCUCUUCGUGGAUGACUUCAUUUUCAGCCAAGCGGCCAGCCUCAUGCCGCUUUCGGGUGCUGUCAUCUGCCUUUUCCUUCAGGUAUUGGGCAUUCCAGUCAGUUGGAAAAAAUUGCAAAUUUCUUGUCGGGUCGAUUGGAUAGGCUGGCGGUUAUGCUUCUCUUCGGGUACGGUUAGUCUCAGGGAUGAAAAACGCCUGCGCCUCCUUGAUCAGGUGCGUUCCCUUCUUCGUCGUGGUGGCCGCAUUUCCACCAAGGAACUUGAGUCUUUUCUGGGCCUAGCCAUGUGGGCUUGCGCACUCUUCCCCACUAUGCGUGCCAUGCUGCACCCUUUCUACAAGGACUUGUGGUCUCCGGCUGCCACUAACUUCAGCAUUGCUCCGGAGUCGUGGCACGGCAUUCGCAAUUUUCGGGAUGCUUCACUCAGGUUUAAAGUCUCCCCGCCUCACACCGCCACCCCCGCAGGCGCCAAGCUUCUCUCGGCGCGUCAUGUGCCUUUCGCAACCCUUGCAGACCUGUCCAAGGUCGCCGUGACGCAUAAAAGAUUGUGGCUCCGCGUUGAAUGCCUCAGCAGUUCGAGGCGGAAACUCUCGAAUGCCUCCAUUCGUUCGUUGCAUGCCUUCGAGCGUUGGUUGCAACACGUUGCACCACUUGCCAGUAUGCGCCCAUUACAGGUCGCAGACGUUGAAGCCUUCGCCGAUGCAUCGGCGUCCGGCCCAUCUUGCA